AAUAUAUUAAUGAAUCAGAAUGAGCAUGGCAAAGUGGAAGAAGAGAAGACCUAUAUCUGUGAAGUUUGAAAAGGGAAGAUUCCUAUGAGUAAGAAGUUCAUGCACGAUCUUACAUGAGAGAAGAACACUUAUUACUGCACAAAGUGAAAGGAGAGACUUCCAAAGUCACUUAAGGCAGAACAUGAAGGCAAAAUGCAUUUCCUAAAAAAGUGAAAACUUUGUCCUUAUAAAGUACUCGCCUAUCAGUAUGGCGAUCAUGACGAAAUUUGUCCUAACAGACUUAUCAAGUGUCCUUACUGAGAUGUCAUAUUCAAAGUUUGUGAAUUUACAAUUCAUGCUGACUAUUGCGGAUCCAAGACUUAUAAAUGUGAAAAGUGACUGUUGACCCUGACCAAAAGAGAAAAGGAGUUUCAUGAUAGCCAUAUUUGUAGUACCACACAGGCAUACUUAAAUGAAUACCCAGAGAUAGGAAAAUACCAGGAGUAG